CCUGAAAGGCUCUUCCCCGCCCCCAGCCCAGUACAGCUCAGCUGGGGCGGUGACGCGGCCGCCUCCGCCACCUUCCAUUCUCUGAGUCCUGCGACAAGUUCCUUUCCCCCUCCCCCUCACGCUCUUGCCUCUCCCCCUCCUCCCCGCGGCUACUGCCUGCGCAAGGCGGACGGACAAGGGCACUCGAAACCUGGGCUGCGGACCCCGCGGAGGUGGCGGCGGGCGGACAGGCAGGCAGGCGGGCAGCCUGGACCAGCCGACAUCUGGCCGGAGGGCGCCGCGCCUGCUCUUUGCUUCGUUGCUCCAGGUCGAACUCAUACAGUGUGCAUGUGACAAAGGAAAAACUUGACUCACUGAUUCAGACAUCAGUCUUCUUCUCGUCAGCUGCUUCUUCCCUUCUUCGCCCAGAGCCUCCAUGACUUGUGGGGCAAAAUUGGAUCUUUUCUUAAAGCUCAACUCUGCUUGAGAGAUUUCAAGGUGGAUUUGUACCUGGCUGGCAGGUUUAUUUCCCCUUUUUCUUUCAAACUUGGACGGAUAAAAGAUGUGCUAUGGCAGGAUAACACCAAAGAGCAGCUCAGCCUCACCAUUUACCUCCUUAGGACAUGGAUUAUUUCUUCCAUUCAUAAUUAUUAGCACUUUCCUUGGAAAUGGAAUUGCUUCAGUGUGUCCUCGACCACCAGCACCAGAAAAUGGUGGCUUCAUCUGCCACCCAACCCCCUGUAAAGAUCCCUUGGCAGCAGGCAGUGUCAUUGAGUAUCUAUGUGAUGAAGGCUACAUGCUGAAAGGAGAUUACAAAUACUUGACAUGUAAAGAUGGGGAAUGGAACCCAGCUAUGGAGAUCAGCUGUCAUCACAACCAAGACAAAGACCUUCACACAACGAUUGGUGUGCCCACCCUGUCAAUAGUGGCCUCCACCGCAAGUUCAGUAGCACUCAUUCUUCUUCUAGUUGUGCUCUUUGUUUUGCUCCAGCCAAAAUUGAAGUCCUUCCAUCAUAGCAGGCGUGACCAAGGGGUAUCUGGCGACCAGAUCUCUAUCAUGGUGGAUGGUGUUCAGGUAGCCUUACCGUCAUAUGAAGAAGCAGUGUAUGGCAGCUCUGGGAAUUCUGUGCUGCCUUCUAAUUCCCGAAUACAAAUUGUACUGUCUGAAGGGGCUGAUCCAAGCAGUGCAAGGGAGGUACAGCAGCAAGACCAAGGAACCCACAUCUGCUCUUCCUCAGGGGCAGAGGAUGAUGCCCCGGGACACUCUGGCCUGGGUGAUGUCCUAAGUGCUCAGCGCUCAGAGACUGUAAUGGUGCACCAGGCCACCACUUCCUCCUGGGUAGCCGGCACAGGAAACAGCCAUCCUGCACACAAAGAUGCCCCAGACUCAGAAAACAGUGAUAUACAAAGCCUUUUAUCUCUCACUUCUGAGGAAUAUACAGAUGAUAUUCCGUUAUUGAAAGAAGCAUGAAGUUUGCUGCUGCUGUCUUCAUGUGGCCUCCUUCCCCCUUAUGUUGUUCCUGUCUGCCCCUUCUUCAUUUCCCUUUGGGUUCUGAGCACUCUGUGCAGCCUCCAUUCCUCAUCUUACACCCGUCUGCCCUGGUGAUUAGAGCAGCUCCCUAAGGUCACUCCUGGCCAAACACCCAAAGGAAACCUUGUUGGGCAGCCAACAGGGCUGGUCCCAUACUUGGCUUCUCCUGCCUCUCUUUGUCUGAAACUUAUUUGAGUGAGCUGAGAUUGGGUCCUUCCUUUCUCCCCCACAACCUUCUUGGGCCUCUUCAGCCCUCCCCUCAGCCAGCUGUUUAGCAUCGGCCCCCACAGGCCAUAGUGCGGCUGUCUUUACUUGUGCCUUCCCCCAGCCCCCCAGGCCGUUGGCUCAACACUGGCCUGAGUGGUUGCGCUGUUGCUGCUGCUAUUGCUGCACAGGAUGCAAAAGGUCUAUGGGGUCAGUGCCCCCUCCAUUACUGUUGGCAGCAGUAAGCCCAAGGUUGAGAGCAUACUGGUGAGGAAAGGCUUCAGGGUAGGGGCAGUUAUUAUGGGGGGAUUGGAGAUGAAGAACAGGGGUAUUAACCCCCCAGUGGCUGCCUUAUGAAGAAUAGCUGUAUACUUGGAUAACAUAUUUGUGACUUCUUUAACUUUUUAAUAGAGGGAUUAUUGAGAGUCAUGCCAGUUUUCAGCAAUUCUGUGUUGAUCAGUCCAGGGGCCAGGAAUGUUGACCCCUCUUUAAUUGACAUUUUUAGGGGCAUACAUGGGAAAGAGCUAAAAGGGGAGGGAGAGUACAUGGACACUGCAACUCUUAUCUUUCUAAUAUGCAAGACCCCACUUACUGGUCCUGGCUGUCUCAGCCAUGACUUUUAUCUCUUCCCCCAUUCCCUAGAGUCUAAAGGAAAGCAACAUGUGGCCUCCUGGGUUCGUUUUCCUUUUCCCAGGCCCCUGUAGCAGAGUUCCAUCAUCUAUAGAAAGAGGAAGAAAAGUCAGAAGCCAUCUAGUAUCCAUCAUCAUUCCCUCCCCUGCACAUGCUGUUUUCCCAGGCUUGCAACUAGCAUUUUGUUCAAGUUGCAUCUUUCUGGGUAUGUGGUGAUAUUAUGGAGCUGGAGGAACUCGUGUGCCCUCCCCUCUCCCAGACACAGUGCCUUGGGUGUGGCUGUAGGCAGCCUGAACCCUGGGUCCUGAGCAUUCCUGUCAACACAGUCACGUGCCUUAGUAACUGUCCCCAAGAAGCACCCUGCUACUUAGUGCUGCUGCUUUUCCCACUUGACCCUUUCCUCUCCUUCCCCCACCCUCCUCUCUUUCCCCUUUGUCACAGCGGACAAAUGACUUUCUUGUCUUCCUUGGAGCUCAGGAAGAAGGGCUAAGAAAGAGCCUGAGCUACCACCCUCACUCCAGUAGCCAGACUGCCUUGUUGUGGGUGAAUACUCUGCUACUAAGGCGAUUAGGUUGAGGGAGAGGGUGAGAAGGGUACUCUAGAAAAGCCAUGUGUGUUUGGGGUGCAGACACCAUUCUCCAGAGCCAUUGGUUUCCUAGAGGAAAGACCAGAGUCCAGGCAUUUAGGCUGUUUAUAGCUUGCAUGACCUCCCAUAGACAGCUUCCAUGAUGUUGUGCUUCAAAGCAAUUUAAUGACACUCUUCAUUUGAUUAUUGUGAGACCUCAGAAAGACAUUGGAUAAAAGGUUGAUACUUUGGGAAUAUUCUAGAAGCGCAGGGGCAAAAGACUUGGAAGAUAACCAUCUUUUAUUCUUCUUCCCUAGCUUCCUUGUCAAGAUGAUAGUAAUAACUUCCAACUAUUAUGUAACCUGCUCAGCAAAGCCUCUGGGGACUACCUCUAGCUGUCUUAGACAAUGGGAAUAACCACAAAGAACAACUAGAAAGAGAAGCUUCUAUCAACCAUCAGUGUGGCUGCCUCUCCCCUUAAAUAACCUUACACACAGGCUUAUACACUGCACUUUCUUGCAUUAUCAUCCCCUUGUUUCAGCAACAAGCAGUUCUGUUUCCUCCUAGAGUUAAUAGUAGCUGACAUUUAUAUGACGCUUUAAGGUUUGCAAAGCGCUUUGUAAGUGAAGUGCCUGUUAUAGCCCAUUUACUUUCUUCUCCUUUGUCCCCCACCAUCAUAUCCACAUAACUUUUACCCAAAGCCAUGUGAGUUGCUGGAAAAUUGGGGAGAGGCCCUGUAAGGAGAGUCCCAUACCAGGCCCUGCUGCUUCAAAGAUGAAAUUAAAGCCAGGAGAAGGCUUCCUGCCAUGAAGUAGAAUGAAUAUCAAGUGAACCCCUGUCUCCACAGUCACUUUUAUUAUCUAGAAUCACAGGCAGCUUCUGGUUCCCGGGAAGAAGGGAGGGAGAGUCCCUCAUGAUCACUGCUGAGUGAUCACAAGUAGAGUGAGUCCAAAUCCUUCCUUUCAGUCUUCCUAAAAUGAUGAAAAAUAAAAACAGUUGAGGGAGAAACAAUCCUGCCUUCCUGCCAAGCUUUCAGCUUGUUUGAAUAUCUGCAUGUACCUCUGGCUCAGGAUGCCAGAAAUAAAGAAAAGUUUUUACCUUGUUUUUUUGUUAGAGUGAUCUUCUCCUCAGAGAACACAAUCUAGGACCCUGUGCUUUACCACAGAGCAUUUGGACUUUUUGCUGGCCCUUUAAAAAGGGAAAAAGAGAAGCUUCCCCAUUUAUGGAUCUCCUUUCCGCUGGUCUUGCUCAGACGCACUAGCCUACCCAGGCAUUUGACUGCCUGCCCAGACGUGUUGCCACGUUAGGAGGAAAAAGGAAAAAAUGAUGAGGAAAAUAAAUGCAGGAGUCCUUUCCCCCCACCUGCUUUGGAUACCAGAAUAUAAAAUAACAGCAGGGUUGUUGAGAACUCUGUAUUGGAUUAAAUUAGAUGACUUUUGUUAAACAGCCCAUUUUGUACUGCUGGAGUUGGGGUUACAUGUUAGCUGCUAAUAACCAGAACAGCUUCAAAUAGAGUAAUUCCCUCCCUCCCCCAAAACAACCUUUUAAUGAAUCCUUAGCAGGAAAGCACCCUGCAUUUACCUCCUCAGUACUGUUUCCAGGGCUCUUAGGCUUUACUUUUGACAACUGCAAAGGGAUUCAGGGAGUUUCAUAUUUGCUUUGAGGUGGGUCCUGGCUCAGAGACAAAGACAUGCUUUAUUGGAUAGAGCAACUAGGCUGGUUGUUGGUGGUCCCUAGGAAAAAAGUGUACCUAAGGGAGCUUCUUUGGAUGGGAAUGAGACAAACUACGUGGCAAAACACAAACCACCGUAGGUGAACUAAGCAAAAAGCAUUUGUCGGCUUUUUAGGUCUUAGGAAGAUAAUGAACAGCGCCAAAGGACUAAGUUUUUGAAUUUUCCUUUUUUUUUUUUUUUGCACAGAAAUAUUCUGUCUGCCUCAGUGCAAGUUUACAUAUCCUGUUGACUUGCACCAUCAUAAUUACUUCAAAGAGAACCAGUGUACAGUGAAAAUUUUUAAAGUAAUACCUGUUCUUUGCAAUGCCUUAGUUUAAUAUUUUGCCAUCUGCAGUUUGUUUACUUUUCCACCUUCCAUUGCACCUGGUGUAAACUUGACCACUUUGGUUCUGUGCUGUCCGUUCUCCCAAGUUCUGAAUUGGGAUUCCAGCAUUGCCCAGGAAAACUUCUGCUAAUUGUACUUCCUACUAAGUAGAUUUUAUUAGAUAGAGCAUCUCACUGUACAUUCUAUAAAUCUUCUGUUUAAAAACAAAAUCUAAAUUAAUAUCUUUUUCUGCUUACAUACUUUCAAUUUACCUGUCUCCUUCCUACUAAUAAGAAGCUACCUAGCAAGACAAAGGUAUAGUUUUCCUGCUUUCAUUCCCAGAAACAUGAGAGUAGUGAUCCAGUCAUCCUUUUCCUGCAUCCUAGCUUAGUUUUCAAGUUCUUUGCUUGCAUACAUACCUCUGCUUCCUCCAUUUUUACGGAAGCAUGUGAGCACAGAGAAUGGAAUAUGCCAUAAAUAUGUCUUGUCUUGGCUUAAAAAAGAAAAAUACAGGCUCUACAGUUAGGUUCCAGAUGUGGGUCGGAGAUGGCAAAACUGCCUUUCCCACAGCAUCCAUUUGGCUUCUUUUCAUUGCCUAUUGGCUGGAAAGAAAUCAAAUCACUUUUUUGGGUGGGUGGGGAGAGCGUUAGACAGAGUUUUGGUUGAGCACUGUAUCUGAUAGUUUCCAUGAAAAGAAGGAAAGAAUAGAUUGGACUUUACUGGGGAACAAUAUGUUUUUUAUUUUCAGCUUAAACUUGAAGUUUUCAAAUGAAAGGCCCAAAGCCUCACUGAGCCCUCUGCCAAGCAGAGGAAGGGAGUCUAGGAGGGACAGUGUGGGAGCUGAGUUGUCAGACUACCACUGAGGGAAAAAAUUGGUAGGCAAGCCAGGAAGAGUUUGGUGGCCUUCCAUGAAUUUCUUCAGUUCUUUUCCAAAUUGCACCACUAUGGAAUCCUUUGCAGAAUGGUACUCAUUUAUAAUGUGGGACUUUUAAGACAAUAGAUAUAUAAUUGAUGUUGUGCAGGAUAUCAAUUUUUUUUUGCUUUAUUUUAUAAACAUAUGUAUCCUGUACAUUGCAGUGGGUGUGAAGAUAGUAUUUUAAUAUUUGUACAAAGUUUAAUUUAAUUUUAAUUGUUCUAUGUAUAUAACUGCAUUUCUAAAUAAUAAUAAAAGCAAGUUAUUUUAAAAUGAACAA